AACAAUGAAACGGCGGCCAAGUUGGUGUCGCAAGCUAAUCCUGAGGGAGUUGAACACUUUUCUUAUGUAAACACUUUCUUUUGUUCCAAUAAAUUUGUAUGCCUGCUGGACACAUGAGUGAAAACAUUCUUUGCAACUCCUUUUUUCAGGUUUCAAGUGCAGCGACGACAAGUUUACAUGCAAUAAUGGCGAAUGUGUCAAGAAGAAUCUGUUAUGUGAUAGCGACUUUGCGUGUAAAGAUGGUUCAGAUGAGGACAACUGUGAAUGCCCUUCCAGCAUGUUCAACUGUAAAGAGGGAGGAUGCCUCCUGGCAACAUCCGUGUGCGAUGGAACAAAUGACUGUUCCAAUGAAGACGACGAAAAAAAUUGCCGGAAUCGGUGCAGCUCUAGAUAUCAGUGUGUUGAUGGGUCUUGCAUUUCGUGGUCAAAAACAUGUACUCAGACAGCUUUCUGCAGGGACGGAACUAAUACGCCUUCUGUAUGUGGCUCUGGCAAAUGCCAUCUAGAUGAUUUAGCAUGUACCUCUAAAAAUACAAGCGUGCAAAAAAGAUGUAGAUCUUUCAGAGGUCAUUGUAAUUUCGAAAGUGGACUUUGUGGACUGAAAGCUGAUAAGAAUGCCACGUUCCACUGGACUGUGGGCUCAGGCCAGACGCCAACGGAAAGUACUGGACCGAGUUACGAUCACACGUCGCUUAAUAAGGAUGGCUCUUACAUUUUCAUUGAAGCUUCUAAAAGAAACCCAGGAGAAAAGGCGAGGUUGUUAAGUGGCUGGAUAGAAGCCAAUGAAACAGUUUGUGUUCAGUUUUGGUAUCACAUGCACGGCUCAGAUAUCGGAAAUCUAAACAUUUAUGUCAAAACUAACCAAUCAGAAACUCCCGUCUGGAGGCUGUCAGGAGAUCAAGGAAACCGCUGGAGAUUUGGACAGACUGCCCUGAAUAGUCCAAGUUUAUAUAAAUUUGUACUAGAAGGAACAGUUGGUGAUGGAAGUAAAGGUGAUGUUGCAGUUGAUGAUUUGACGAUAUUGGACGGAAUUUGUGAAACGAUUAUAAAACAAACAAGGCCAGACUGUUAUUUUGAAGAAAAUAUGUGCGACUGGAAAGCAGACGAGGAAUGGGUCCUUCGUUCUUAUCAGGCGGGAUUAGGGAAACGGGGUAAGAUGUGUUAUAGAUUGUGUCUGUGAGGUAGUAUGGCCUUGAUACCCAGUUGAUGAUAUACCGGGUGAUAGAGGGCCAGUUCACAUCACUGAAAAUGAUUCUUUCCUUUCUACUUCCGUUACUCAUCAGGAGAUUUAAAUAUAAACAAGAAAUUAUCUGAAAGGAUUGUUAAAGAUCUCUGAGUAUUAUUCGAUACAGGCGAGGUUGGGAAACAAACCAAUUAUGUAUUUCUUUUCGAAUUUCUUCAGUCAUUUUCUUCUUUGUUGUUGUAUAUAUAACUGUAUAGCUCUAUUGGAAAAUAAUACUUUUUCAAGUAAUUGACAAACACGAGAGGCAGCGUUUUACCCCAUUAUUAAAUCAAAGUGCUCCAUGAGCAAACCCGUCGAUUUCCCAGUGGAUGAUGAUUGAUAUGUACGGCUUUUCGUGCAUACUACAUGAAGUACAAGAACAGUCAAACCUUCACUACAUGAGCUGCAUUUCUCCAAUGGAGUACUCAUUCUUGAUUGAGCCACUCUACCUCGUAAACUUCUCAUCGCUUUGCCCAACAUAUUUUUCUUCCCGCCUGAGGACGAAAGCGUAAGCUGCGACUCAGCCCCGUUAGAUCGAAAGCAAAUAGGUUGCGAAUAAGAUCGAAGCGACUCUGCUCGCAGGGUAGCUGCAAAGGAUCUUCAGAGAAAUCGAGUUUUUUUUUUAUUUUGAAUUACAAACGCACAACAUCUAAACCAUCGGAUGCAAUUUGAGGUCGGUUGUACGAAACAGCAAGGUCGCGUAACGUCAAAAACCGUGUUCUUAUCGGUUCCAAGCUUGAAAUAAGUACAUGUAGCUACUUGUGGAUGUCCUUCACCUAAAAAAAGGGUUGAACAAGAAAAGACCAGUGACUUAAAACAACAAACGGAAAAAAAAACCGUCGAACUCCAGAAUCUAACUCAGGUCCACUAGAUUGGAACAUGGGUGCUAACCAUAGUAACACGUAAGAAACCUUGCUUAAAGGGAAAAACAUACAAAGUACUUCAGCCUUAUCUCAAAUUGACUAACAAAUAUGCGAAGUAGCUAACACCACCCCCUGCUUCGUCGAGUUUUUGCUCUCGGUCCAAUUUACGCGCGGCCAGAAUGCGGAAAAGCUCUUCAUAUGGGAACGCUUGUUACGCAGGCUAUAGUAACAUGUAAGAAACCCUUGCUUCAAGGGGGGAAAGAUACAGAGUACUUUACCCUUAUCUCAAAUUAGCUAGCAAAUACGCGAAUUAGCUUACAAAUACGCCGCACAUAGUCUAUUAAACUGCAAACUUCUCGGAUACUUUCAGUGUGGCUAGUACACAGGGAACAGAGGAGUCCUAUUUGAUCUUUUUCCCAGUUAAAUUCGGCGUAAUAUUGUAGCGCGAAUCGAUUUUUUUGUUGAUUCAAAUCGCCUCAAAAUCAAACUGUACACAUGUGAUCGUGUUGCGAUGAUUAAAUCUACUAUAAAUAGACAUACAAAGCUUUUCGCGAGAGCUGUUUUGUGACUGCGAUAUGAUAGCUCAUCAGCCUAUUCAAGUGUCAAAGUGUAUCAGCUUGAAAAAGCCCAAAACUUUGUUUCUGUGGGGAAAUGUUUAAUGCUCGGAUUGCAUUUUAGUUCGUGAAGUUAAGUGUCUAGUUCUCCUCGCUCUCGCUAUGCGGGGUUCCUCUUCCAAUGCGACUCAUGUGAGUUUGUCCUCAAGACUGUGUACGAUUUCAUCUCAGUGGAUUCCAUGCCCGCCGUUGAAACUUAUAACCUGGCGUAAUCAUGAGCCUUUUAGAGGCUCGCAAGACUGCGGUGUUCCUUCUUAGAGACUUUUUCGACAAAUGCAGUGGCCUCAGCGAUACUGUUCGCUUUGAUUUCCGAAAUUUAAUUUCAGGAGCUCAA